AUGAAUGUGCAUAGGCAAAGCUCGAGGAUUGUAAAGCCAUGUUACGAAGGCGAUCCUCCGCCGACGACUGGGAGCAUUUGUCUCAGUGUCUUUGAUACUGUAACAUAUGACGCCCAUAUCGCUGUUAUCUAUGUGUUCAAGCCUCCAACGACGCCCAAUGAAAUGCUGGAACAAGGGCUUCGGACGGCGAUGGUGGAAUAUAGAGAAUGGGCGGGCAGGUUGGGUAGAGAUGAUGAAGGCCACCGGGUCAUUUUCCUCAAUGACGAAGGUGUAAGGUUCGUUGAGGCAUUGGCUGAUUGCACUCUUGAGGAGGCCAUGCCGUUUAAGCCAUCUUCGACAUUGUUGAGCCUUCAUCCAAGUCUAAAGGGAGUGGAGGAAUUGAUGCAAGUUCAGCUCACAAGGUUCUUUUGUGGGUCCAUGGUGUUAGGGUUCACGACCAACCACAUCGUGGCUGAUGGACAUUCGACUAGCAACUUCUUGAUCGCAUGGGGCCAGGCGACUCGAGGGCUAGAGAUGGACCCACUUCCAUUGCAUGAUCGUGAUAUCUUCACCCCUCGAGAUCCACCCAGGUUCGAGUUCGAGCAUAGAGGGGCGGAAUUCAUGACCACGAGACUUACUGACGAGCCUCAGAUUCAGCUCUUCGAACCUUUGUUAGCAGGUGGCUGUGGCGACAACAUUGUCGUGCACAAGGCUCACUUCACUCUGGAUUUCCUGACCAAGCUCAAGGUGAUGGCUUCCUCAGCAAGUGGCAUCGACAAGCCAUACAGUACAUUCGAGAGUCUGGUCGCUCAUCUGUGGAGAGCAAUAACAAAGGCCCGCGGGCUGAACGGUUAUGAAACGACCCAGGUGAGGAUUUCUGUGAAUGGUCGGUCGAGAUUGAACCCCUGUGUGCCCAAUGACUACUUUGGGAAUCUGGUGCUAUGGGCAUUCCCACGAGCUGGGGUGAAAGAGCUCUUGCAAGAGCCAUUGUACCAUGCAGCCAAGCUCAUACAUGAUUCGAUCACAAAUGUUAAUGACAGCUAUUUUAAGUCGUUCAUCGACUUUGCAAGCAGGAAAGAGGAGGACAUGAAAGAUCUUGUGCCCACAGCCAACAUGAGCAAGUCAGUUCUGUGUCCCAACAUGGAGGUUGAUAGUUGGUUGAGGUUUCCAUUCUAUGAUCUUGAUUUUGGAGGGGGAAAUCCUUACAUUUUCAUGCCUUCUUACUUCCCUGUGGAGGGAAUGUUGUUUCUCCUCCCUCCCUUUAUAGGAGAUGGAAGCAUAGAUGCCAUUGUGCCCUUGUUCGAGCAGAGCUUGGUCAGCUUCAAGAAGGCUUGCUACUCUCUGGACUAGAAGAUGAUGGCCAUGCAUACUCACUCUCUCUCUCUCUCUCUCUCUCUCUCUCUCUCUCUCUCUCUCUCUCUCUCUCUCUCUCUCUCUCUCCCU